UGCUUUUAGACAGGGUGAGCGCUGGAGAAGGCGAGAGCGAGAGACAGAACGCGGGGCUCCGCUAGCUGUCUUUGAAUACAACCGCGGGUUUCAAAACCUUUCUUCCCUGAUUUCCCCCUCACUUUUCGUUUUAAACAGUUAUUUCCCUUGUUAUAAAUAGAGUUUUUACGUUUUCUUUAGUGUUUCCUGCGUUUUGAGGGUUCUGAACGACAGUUGUGAUUUGUAGCGUUUUUGGACAUUGUUUGUGGUGCCCCAUUGGAUUGUCGAACAGCCGAGGAAGCUUGGAUGAGCUGCUUCGCUAAAAGCCGGAGAUGGAGUUGCUGUUGAUCUGCCUUUCGCUGUGGAUAUUGCAAUGCAAUUCUGCCGGAGCAGACUCCAUCAUUCAUAUUGGUGCCAUAUUUGAGGAAAAUGCUGGAAGGGAUGAUGAAAUUUUCCAACUUGCCAUUUCUGACCUAAGUCUCAACGACGACAUUCUACAAAGCGAGAAAAUCACCCAUUCUGUAAAACUGAUCGAGGCUAACAACCCAUUUCAAGCGGUGCAGGAAGCCUGUGAGCUGAUGAACCAGGGCAUUCUGGCUCUGGUAACGUCUACAGGCUGUGCAUCCGCCAACGCCCUCCAGUCCUUGACCGACGCCAUGCACAUACCCCACCUGUUUAUCCAGAGAAACGGCCAGGGCACGCCUCGCACCGCCUGCCACCUCAACCCAAGCCCUGACGGGGAGAGCUACACCCUGGCCACCCGCCCGCCCGUACGCCUCAACGACGUCAUGCUGACCCUGGUCACUGAGCUGCGCUGGCAGAAGUUCAUCAUCUUCUAUGAUGCUGACUAUGACAUCCGUGGACUGCAGACAUUCCUGGAUCAGGCGUCUCGGCAGGGUCUGGACGUGUCUCUGCAGAGGGUGGACCGCAACGUGAGCAGGGUGUUCACCAACCUCUUCAGCACCAUGAGGACCGAGGAGCUCAACCGCUACCGGGACACGCUGCGGCGGGCCGUGCUGCUUAUGAGCCCCCGAGGAGCACAGGUGUUCAUCAAUCAGGCUGUGGAAACCAACCUGGCAUCAAAGGACAGCCACUGGGUCUAUGCCAAUGAGGAGGUGAGUGACACAGAAAUCAUGGAGCUGGUCCACAGUUCGUUAGGCCGGAUGACCGUCAUACGGCAGAUCUUCCCUCUGUGGAGAGACACCAACAUCCGCUGCAUGAGGAACAACCACCGCAUCUCAUCCCUGCUCUGUGACCCCCAGGAGGGCUACCUGCAGUCCCUGGAGGUCUCCAACUUGUACUUGUAUGACAGUGUGCUGAUGUUGGCCAACGCCUUCUACAGUAAGCUGGAGGACAGGAAGUGGCAUAGCAUGGCCAGUCUGAACUGCAUGAGGAAGUCCACCAAGCCUUGGAAUGGAGGCUGGUCUAUGCUGGACACCAUCCAGAAGAGACGGAUCACCGGGCUCACAGGAAUGAUGGACUUCCGUGCAGGAGGUUCCAACUCCCACGUCCAGUUUGAGAUCCUGGGGACCAGCUACAGUGAGACAUUUGGGAAAGAUGUAAAACGGUUGGCAACUUGGGACUCAACUCGUGGGCUGAACGGUAGUCUAAAGGAGAGUCGGAUAGAAAACGGCAUGCAAGGAGUGACGGUCAAGGUGGUAACAUUACUGGAGGAUCCCUUUGUGAUGGUAGCUGAGAACAUCCUUGGCCAGCCUAAACGCUACAAAGGCUUCUCCAUAGAUGUUCUGGAUUCUCUGGCCAAGAUCCUGGGCUUCAGGUAUGAGAUCUACCAGGUGGCCGAUGGGAAGUAUGGCUCCCCUACCUCAAAUGGCUCCUGGAACGGCAUGAUCGGAGAUCUCAUCAGUAAGCGAGCAGACAUGGCAGUAUCAGCCAUCACCAUAACUCCAGAGAGGGAGAGCGUGGUGGACUUUAGCAAGCGCUACCUGGACUACUCCGUGGGGAUUCUGAUGAGGAAGUCAGAGGAGAAGAUCAAUAUCUUCUCUCUCCUAGCGCCCUUUGACCUGGCCGUGUGGGCGUGCAUCGCAGCCGCCAUCCCCGUGGUCGGGGUCAUGAUCUUCAUCCUGAGGCGCGUCCAGUCAGUCCGCUCCCAGAAUCCCCCAGGGGGACACCAGGCCACCUCUGUGUCCACCUCCCUGCAGAGCGCCAUCUGGAUUGUCUACGGAGCCUUUGUGCAGCAAGGGGGAGACUCCAUCCUGGGUUCUGUGGCUCUGCGUAUCGUCAUGGGCAGCUGGUGGCUCUUCACCCUCAUUGUGUGUUCCUCCUACACGGCCAAUCUGGCAGCCUACCUCACUGUGUCCCGAAUGGACAACGCUGUACGGACGUUCCAGGACUUGUCCAAGCAGAUGGACCUAGCCUAUGGAACAGUGAGAGACUCAGCAGUGUACGAGUACUUCAGAGCCAAAGGCACCAACGCUCUGGAGCAGGACAGCACCUUCGCUGAGCUCUGGAGAACCAUCAACAAGAACAACGGACAUGAACACUCAGUCUCCAGCCCCUCUGAAGGCAUCCGCAAGGCGAAGAGAGAAUCCUUUGCCUUCCUGUGGGACAUGGCUGUGGUGGAGUAUGCUGCUCUGACAGAUGAUGACUGCACCCUGACGGUGACCGGCAACAGUAUGAGCAGUAAGGGCUACGGCCUGGCCCUGCAGCACGGCAGCCCCUACAGAGACCUCUUCUCCCAGAAGAUUCUGGAGCUGCAGGAAAAAGGGGACCUGGACAUCCUGAAACAGAAGUGGUGGCCCAGGAAGGGCCGAUGUGACCUGGACAGCCACUCAGAGGCCCAGCCAGAGGGCAGGGCUCUGAGGCUCCACAGCUUCGCUGGGGUCUUCUGCAUCCUGGCAGCAGGGCUGCUGCUGGCCUGCCUGGUGGCCGCCCUGGAGACCUGGUGGAGCAGCAACCGCUGCCGGCGUGAGCAGCCCAAAGAGGACAAAGAGGUGAAUCUAGAGCAGGUACACCAGCGUUUGAACAGCCUCCUGGACGAGGACAUGGCGCACAAGCAGCUGCCGGGCCAAUCUAUCGAGAUCUCUGCCCUGGACAUCGGCAGCAUGCAGCCCAGCCAGUCCCUGGAAGGCCUGCCUUCACGGGACCACUACCCGAUCAACCACAGGGGGUCGCUCUCUGUGACCACCUUCCUCCAGGAGGGACAUGGGGCAGGAAGGACACUCGGCAGGGGCUCUGGCAGAACCCUCCCCCUACCCCUCAGCAGCGCCACCAUGCCCUCUAUCCGCUGCAAACACAGGGCGCCCAACGGGGGGCUCUUCCGACAGAGCCCCAUCAAGAUGCCAAUGUCAUACCAGUCAGUGCCCGGAGGACCCAUUCCAGAAGCCAUUGAUGGAAACCACGGGACUUCCAUCUGAGCACUCAGCCUCAGCCCAAUCACAGACACUUAAACCCCAUGUUGUCUGGUUCUAACAUGCAUCCUUUGUCCUGAUCCUGUCCACACUCUGAUUGAGCCUACAUUUUUAGAAAGGUGUAGACGAUUAAAAGACACAUUGUGAUCUGACCGUGAUCUGGAUGUAAACAGAUCUGGACAGUGAAAGCAUAAAUCAUCAUUAUACCGCCCUCUAAAACCAUUGACAGGUGGCACCAUUGACUUAUGGCAUGAAUAUGUGUCUUAAAAUUUUAAAUAUAUAUAUUUUGAAAGAAUAUCUGUCAAAUAAUUUGCAUACAUGGAGGGACCAGGAAGUCUGGUCACAAUGCGGACACAGUGGAUGGAUAAGACACAUUUGUAGAUGUAUGUCUGAAAAUGUGGGCCCAAUCAGAAUGUGGACACAGGACUCAUGUUAGAACCAGGUAUAUAUGGGGCUUCAGGCUCGGCUGUGGUGAGCUAUACAGAGUGAAUUGUGAGAGGUGGUAUAAAUAUGGAUGGCAAGAAAAUGUUUUUUUUUUAACCGCUGAGGAAAUAUGGAGGAAAACAACAUGAGGAAAAUGACUUUCAUGUACAUAUUUGUAAUUAUGGACAACAAGAGGUGAGAAAAUAAAAAAAAAGUGUAUUUUGAAUAUUCUCAAUUUUUUAAAGUUGAGUUUAAAAAACAGAUACAAAAGUAUUUAAACAUGACUGUUUGAAUGGAUUUGUAAAUUUUGUUCUAAAUUAAUAAAGGUGAUAAUUCCUUGUAGUUGUUUUCUAAGUGCCAAGUUCAAAGAUGUUUUCUUUAAAAUGAACAUUAUAUGAAUGUAUCCAAUUUAUGAAAAGACACUUACUUCACACUUCAAAGACAGUGUAAAGAGUUGAUUUGUUUAGUAUGAA